AUGACGAUCAACAAGUCGCAAUGUCAAUCUAUUCAGAGAAUUGGACUAACUAGUUUUCUUUCAUGGGCAAUUUUACGUGGCAAUGUCUCUGGUUACUUCCCGAAACAAUUUAGUCAUUUUGGUGGACCCUGCUACAACUUCCGAAGGGUUGGCUCGGUGACAGGGCGCUUAGUGUUUCCCGAAAACACAUCACCACAACUGCCCCCGGCUCCACACGAGCAUCUAGAGCUGGUGACCGUCGAGACGCGCCCGUAUCACGAAUCGGUUUUGGAUCGCCGUUUAGAUAGCGCCUCGACCCUCGCCGAGGUCUUGACGGCUGCUGUGGCUCCUUGCCAUCUACCGGCCCACGAGUCCGAAGAACUGACUGACCUCCGCAACGAGGUCUCGGUCCUCCAAGCUCGUUGCGAUGAUGCCGAACGUGGCCUUGCCACAGAAGUCCAGCUUCGUACUAAGGCUGAAGCUGACAAUGUGCGCGCCAACGAGGACUUCUACACAAUGAAUAACUCGAAUGGCUCUCUUCAUGAGGAGAACGCGGCCUUGGCGACUCGCAUUCGCGACCAAGAUAUGGUCAUUGCUCGGCAAACCGCUGCCUUGAAGCAAUCGGAGCGUCAAUAUUGCGCUGCCACCGCUGCCGCUAUGCGCUGGAGCGAGCGUCUCAAGGCAGGUAUGGUGGGAUACACCCUGGAGCUCGAGAAGCUCCGCCAGUAUUUGGCGGAGCAUGACCGAGGGUCGAUCUUGACCCCGUCACCUCGUAUGAAAGCUCUGCUGGCCGAGAAUGCCAGCCUGAAGCGGGCUAACUCAGUCCUGCAUGAAAACUCAGCGGACCAUGGAUUGAAUACCGAUGCCCUCGUCCUCUCGACGGCAGGUAUCUCACCCAUGGAUAUCCAAGUCACCCUUAUUAUCGGCUUCGCAGUCGGUUCCCGACCGAACUCUGCGUAUACGUCUUGGGUGAGUUCACGGCGGGCAUUAAAAUCUCCAUUCGAGCUACCGUCCGUCUUUGGCGCCAAUUUUUUGGCAAUGGGUCUGGGCCAACUGAGAAGACAAUCCUCGGUCUUGUGUUAUGGGAGCACCGACAUUGGAUUCAAGUCCCGGCGGUGGAGAAUGCUAUCAGAGACGUCGCUAAAGAAAUCGGACCAACUGAUGUUCUCGUCCGAGUUCUCGUUGCGAUCUGAAAAAAGUAUAAUCUCGAGCGCGACUACCGAUUGGAUCGCCUCCGCACCCAAAUCUCGCGCCGCUUAUGGGAGUGGUGUACCGAGGCGGAAGUCGACCUCACACGAUCCCUCUCGACAUCUACCGGAACCCACUUAUCUCCAGUACUCUUUGGAGGUAUUGGAUUGGGCUCCAAUGACUGACGACUGGAUUAAAGAAUUGCGCACGCUGAACGCCAUGCAACCGUGGUGGAAUUCACCCUUCAACACGACGUACGCUCCCUGCAACUUCGAGGUCUCACUAAUCAUUCCUCGAACAAUAUCUCGUGCUCACGUUAUCUCUAGUAUUGUGGUGCACCCGUCACUGGAACCUUCUCUGCUCACCGCUUUUUGGGUCCGUGAGACUUUGGUGAACAAUUCUGAUCUGUUGAAGAAGCUGUUAGAAACCGAGCUGAUCGAAUAUUCAGAUUCUGAAUGGGCCCCUCCCAUUGUCAUUGUGACGAGAAAGAACGGGGUGGAUAUUCGACUCUGUAUUGACUAUCGACUGGAAAAUCAGAUGAUCAAGCUUAUGUACUAUCCUCUGCCCUUGAGCGACGCUUUAUUGAUCGGGUUCGAGAAUGUAAUGUGGUUUCUGAGUCUGGAUACGGAUAAUGGAUUCUGGGCUGUGCCAAUGACACAUAGGGCACAACCUAUAUCAGGUUUUGUGUGUCCCCUAGGCCACUUUCAAUGGAAUAGGAUGCCAUUUGGGCUCAAGAAUGCACCGUUGAUCUAUCAGCAGGUGUGUAUAAUUGUCUCUGGGGUUUUGGGCGCCUUCCGCCCGAAGAAGAAGCUAAGGCUUGGAAUUUUGGGAAUCAAGUCUGAGAAUAAGGUCGAAAGACGAGAUUUAUCCCCCUUGACCGUAGAUUUGACGAUGUUCCGAAGGAAUAUUCCUGCACCUGCUGAACUUAGGCCUGUUCUGGGACGAAAUUCGUAUAUGGAUAAUAUCACAUAUGGAGCAGAAACCUGGGAUCAAAUCCAAAUCUACGAUGUCAAGAAUCUGCCGUUCUCAACCACCCUCAAAGGUGUACAAUCAUUUCUGAGAAGUCUCAACUACUACAACAAGUUCAUAGAAGACCUCUCGGUGGUUGUAGCUGUCCUGUAUGAAUUGACAGAUGAGCAGAUCCGAAUGGGUAAAAAAUCUGGAACCUGCAAAGGAAGCUUUUGCAAUUCUCAAGCAAAAAAUUGUCUUCACUCCCGUAUUGAGACAUCCAGACAAAAAGAAACCAUUCAUUAUCAUCCUACACGGAAAUCAUUGGGCAGUGAGUGCGGUGUUGGGUCAAGAGUACGAUAUCCGGUCCGAUUCACUGGCAGGGUACUACACGAUCAAGAAUUGCGAUAUCACCCGGCAGAGAAAGAAAUAGUGGGGUUACUCAGGGUUCUCAGAGUAUUCUAUCCUAUGUUAACAGGCAACGCCACCUUGAAGGUGUAUACGCGUUAUUCAGUUCUGGGAAGGUUAUUUAAAUCUAAGGCCUUAGAAGGCAGUUGUGAGCAAUGGGCAGCCAGGUUGGCACCCUGGCCGCUGGAAAUGCACAAGAUCCAGAAUGACGAGGACGGAUUAGCGUCAAUUCUGGGAGCCGGAAUUACUCCGCGUGACAAACUCGAUCAAAUUGCUGAGAAUCUCAUCCCAACAAAAGGUCGAGUAGUUAGAGCUCCUUCUAUUAGCCUCGAGAUGUUGGAGUCUGGCUACGAAGGUUGGCACCUCAGUUUUAACGGUUCAGCUAGGACCUCGGAUCGACUGGGAAGUUCUGGGUGUAUCCUCUGGAAGUUACCUACUUGGGAAGUGGUUGCAACUCGAGGUUUCCAUUUUCAGGACAUCACGGUGAAUGAAGCAGAGUAUCAUGGUAUGAUUGAGAGUUUAAAGAUGGCAUUGGAUCGGGAUCCGGCAUUGAUUGUCGUAGGUGAUUCUCAGAUAGCUAUUCCUCAAGCCCAGGGACUUAUUCAGCACCUGAAUCCCAGGUUGCAGUUGUUGCUCGCUCCGUUCGAAAGACUACGCAGAGAUUUCAAGUCUGUACGCCUAGUACAUGUGAAACGGGAGUAUAAUGCUGCCGCUGAUUACGUGAUGGGCAAAAACAGCUUUGUCCCGGAACUCCGUGGAAGUUGUGGACGCGAUUGCGUUAGCUCACCUGAAACAGAUGAAUAG